UUCACUAUGGUAUGCUAUACAAAAAUGGACGUAAUUUCUUUGACAUUGUGUGCUGUGAUCGUUGUUUUAAUAAUCCCUAUAAUUACAUCGAUAGUGUAUCAUCAAUAUGUUCUUCGACGAAAAUUGAAAAAUAUUCCUCAAUGUGGUAGAUUUCCUUUUGGCGUGGCAUUUGAAAUGAUAAAGCUGACAGAAUACGAACGCGUACAAUGGUUUGUACAACGUAUGCUACAUUUUAAAGAAGGAAUUUUCAUACAUUGGAUUGGCAUGCAACCAUUGAUUAAUCUCUAUAAACCUGAAUUUUUAGAGAUUAUUUUGCCCAGCACUGUAAAUAUCGAGAAAGGCCAACCCUAUGAAAUGCUUCAUUCUUGGUUAGGCAAAGGACUUCUCACUUCUACAGGAAAACAAUGGUUCCAUGAUAGAAAACUCAUAGGACCAACGUUCCAUUUUAGUAUAUUAGAUCAAUUUGCCAUUGUAAUGUCUGAAAAAGCAGAGAUCCUGACAAAAUGUCUCGAAAGGGAAAUAGCAAAGAAUCCAGAAAAAGCUAUCAAUAUUUUUCCAUUUACUAACAAUGUUGCUCUCGAUGUUAUAUGUGAAACGGCAAUGGGCGUGGACGUACGUGCUCAAGAAGUUGAAACCAAAUAUACCAAAACAAUACUUAGAGGCGCCCGAUUAAUACUCGAGCGAUUAUUUCGACCGUGGUAUUGGCCAGAUUGGUUGUACAACUUAGUGCCUUCAGGAAAGGAAUAUAAAUCAGGGCUUAACACGAUACAUGAAUUCACGAGAGAAGUGAUAAAUAAGAAAAAGAUUGCACGACAAUCGCGAAAUAGUACUGUCAAAUCGGAAAAAGAGGAUGAUGAACUAGAUAUAGGUAAACGGAAAAGGAAAGCUUUUCUGGAUUUGUUACUAGAUCAAAACGAGAAGGACGAAGUUCCAUUAACCGAUGAUGAGUUAAGGGCACAAGUUGAUACAUUCAUGUUCGAGGGUCACGACACAACUGCGGUUGCGUUAACCUGGACCCUCUUUCUCUUGGGCAAUAAUCUCGAGCAUCAAGAAAAAGUUCAUGAAGAACUCGAGGAAGUUUUCAAAGAUUCCGAGACACCAGCCAGCGUAAAAGAGCUGGCGCAAUUAAAAUAUCUCAAUAGGAUCAUAAAAGAAUCGCUCAGAUUAUAUCCAAGCGUACCUAUGAUCACAAGGAGAUUAGCGGAAGACGUAAAAUUAGGUGAUUAUACGUUUCCGAAAGGUGUUACAAUCGUAUUAGGAAUCGCAUUAAUGCAUUUAAAUCCGGAAGUUUGGCCAGAUCCAAAAAAGUUUGAUCCAGAUCGCUUCCUUCCAGAAAAUUCAAAACAUAGGAAUCCAUAUGCCUACAUUCCGUUUAGCGCUGGACCAAGAAAUUGUAUUGGUCAAAGAUUUGCUUUACUCGAAGAAAAAACGAUAUUAACAGCUAUUCUAAGAAAGUGGAGAAUAAAAAGUGUAAAAAAGCCGGAUGCAGUUCAAAGUGAAGCCACUCUUACUUUUCGACCAAGCGAAGAUAUACUCAUUCAUUUCACGCCAAAGAAAUAAUUUAUUUAUUAGCAAAUAUUUAUUUUUCUUUAUCAUACGUA